UAUUAAAAAGUGUUUUAACUACGAACGAAUUUUGAAUUCGAUGACAGUUUAAGUUAAUCAAAAUGAGGAUUAUAUACUUACUUCUGUUGGUGUGCUUCUGCGUGGUGAGUGCGAAAUAUCUUCCAGAAGAAUUAUUUUCUUCGCGAUCACUGUUAUGGCACCAUCAUUCUAAUAAAGACGAAUCGGCUAUUACAUCUGGCCAUGACCACGAUGACAACAACAAUAGUGAUGAAAGUAAUGACAGUGAGAGUGAUGAUAAUUCAGCGGAAAGAAAACAUGCCGAACAACUGGCAAAAUUAGAAAAAGAAAAACAAAAGCAGCAAGAGAAAAAAGAAAAAGAGGAACAAAAAUGGUUACAAAAGUUUGAAAAGGAAAAGCGUAAGGCAGAAGAGAGGCUUCAAAAAGAACAGGAAAAAAGAGAAGAAAAGGAACGUAAACGUCAGGAAAAACAAGAGGAAGAACAGCGUAAGGAAGAAGAAAAGUUACAAAAGAAAAGAGAAAAAGAACAACGCAAAUUUGAAGAGAAGAAUCGCAAGCAAGAAGAAAAACGCAUAAAAGAGGAACAAAAACGAGGAGAAUAUAUUAAAAAUCUGUUGAACAAACAUGAAAAAGAAACUAUAGAAGUUGAAAAUGAAUCUGUUGAAAACUCUGAAGACGACAAUUCUACUGAAGUAGAUAAUAUUUGGAAAGGUCAUAUAUACGAAAAGUAUGGUUUGACUCCGGCGAGUACUGAAUUAGAAAAGAAAGCUGCUAUACAAAGAUAUUUACAAGAAGAAUUAGGCGUCAAAAUCAACAGCACGAAAAGUGAGCGGCGUAAAGCAAUCUUAAAUUUCAUACAAACUAAAUUACAAAACAGUGCUUCACAAGAUGGUUUUAGAAAUCAUUUGGUCAGUCAUGUGAAUGCUGUUGGCAUACAAAAAUUGCAAGCAGAUCUAGAAAGGAAGAUAGAAAAGCUAGACAAUAAGACAGCAUUAAUUGCGAAUAUUCCAGGGGCUACGCUAGCGCAAGAAAAUCUUCAAGAGAAGAGAACGUUGCUUCAAGCAUUUUUAUCCUACCUAUCAAAUGUUUUCCCUACUUGGAUAACUGGCGGACAUUCUUCGACCAUCGUGCCUACCAACCAAACUGGCUCAUCGCUUAUUGGCUCUUUGAGUGACAGUUCUAUUAGUUCAGGGGUUUCUCAUCCAACGACAUCAGGUGUUGCUGGUUCAUCUGCACCUAACGAUAACGCUGCUGGUUCUGCGGGAUCUGUUGGUGUUGCUGGCAGUGGUAACAGUGCUAACGCAAACGCCGCUGGCGCCAACGUCAAUGCCGGCAGUACCACAGGAUCAACUUCAGCCAAUAACGCCGGUACAACUGGUUCUACUAUUGACACGAAUGCUGCUGGUUCCGCCGUCAUUGCUCCUGGGUCUGCGGGUACUACCGGAUCCGCUGCUGACGUGAAUGCUGCUAGUGCCGUAAUCAAUUCUGCCAGUACUACUGGAGCUGCUGCUAGCGCAAACGCCGUUGGACCCAGCGUGAAUGCUGUCGGCUCUGCCGGGUCUGCUGCUGAUGCAAACGUCAGUGCCAGUAGCACUAUUGGAUCAUCUACUGACGCUGUUAAUGCUGGUAAUUCGGGAUCUGCCGGUGCUGGCGUCUCUGUUACUGGCGCUGCAAGUUCUACAGGUGCGGACGCUAGUACUGUUGGUAUAACUGGAGCAGCUGCUGACACGGUUAUUGCUGGUGCCGAAGCCAAUACUGCUGGUCCUUCUGGAACGACUGCUGAUGCAAAUGCUGGUGGAACCAACGCAAACACAGCCGGCAAUACUGGAUUUGUUGCUGAUUCGAAUGCCAGUGCCAGUAGCACUAUCGGGUCAGUUAAUGACGCCAAUACUGGUAGUUAUUCCGGAUCUAUAGCUGACACGAAUGCUCUUGGUACCGACGCCACUGCUCCUGGUGCCGAUGCCACAGCUACUGGUACUGCAGGUUCUACAGGUGUAGAUGCUAAUAUUGCUGGAACUACUGGAUCUAUUGCUAAUGUUGGUGGUGCCGACACACUUGCUGUCGAUACUACCGGAUCUAAUGCUGAUACAAAUGCCGGUACCGGUAGCACUAUUGGAUCUGCUUCUAACGCUAAUACUGUUGGUACUACCGGAUCUAUUGCUGACACGAAUGCUGUUGGUGCCGAUGCCAAUGCAGCCACUACUACUGGAGCUGAAGCUGAUGCAAGCGCUGCUGGAGCCAACACGAAUGCAGUCGGCGCUACCGAGUCUGCUGCUGGUGUAAACGCCGGUACUGGUAGCUCUACAGGAUCAUCUACCGCCACUGCUACUGCUGGUGCUUCCGAAUCUGCUGCUGGUGCUGGCGUUACUGACACUGCAGGUUCUGUGGGUGCGGACGUUAAUGUUGCUGGUACAACUGGAUCUACUACUGAUGCUGCUGGUGCCGACUCUACUGCUGUUGGUAUUACUGGAGCUGCUGUUGACACAAAUGCUGCUGGUGUCGAAGCCAAUGCUGCCAGUACCACUGGAGCUGUUGCUGACGCAAGCGCUGCUGGAGCCAACACGAAUGCAAUCGGCACUAUCGGGUCUGCUACUGAUGCGAACGCUGGCACUGGUAGCAUUACUGGAUCGUCUACCGACGCCGUUACCGCUGGUACCUCCGAAUCUGUUGCUGACACAAAUGCUUUUGGUCCUGACGCCACUGCUACUGGCACUCCAAAUUUCGCGGGUGCAGACGCUAAUAUUGCUGGAACUACCGGAUCUACUGCCAGUGCUGUUGAUACUAACGGAUCUGCUGCUGGCGGAAACGCGGCUGGCAGCGAAUCCAAUGCUGCCGGUAAUACUGGAUCAACAGCUGACGCAAAUGCUGUUGGCGCUGACGUGAAUGUUGUCGGUACUACCAAUUCUGCUGCUGGUACGAACGCGAGUGAUGGAAUCACUGUCGGAUCAGCAACUGGCGCUAAUACUGCUGGUGCAGCCGGAUCCACCGCUGAAACGAAUGCUGCUGGUGCCGAAGCCAAUGCUGUCAGUACCACUGGAACUGCUACUGACGCAAACGCUUCUGGUGCUGACGCCACUGCUACAGGCACUGCAGGUUCUGCUGCUGCGGAUGCUAAUACUGCUGGGACUACUGGAACUACUGCUAAUGCUGCUAGUGCUGUUGGUACUACCGGGUCUGCUUCCGACGCAAACGCUGCUGGAAGCGAAUCCAAUGCCGGCGGUAGCCUUGGGUCUGCUACUGACCCUAAUACAGCUGGUGCUGAUGCAAAUGUUGUCGGUACUACCGGAUCUGCUGCUGAUGCGAAUGUUGCUGGUGUUGACGCCACUGCUACUGGAUCUGCAGAUUCUACGGGUGUGGAUGCUAACAUUGCCGGUACAACCGGGUCUGCUACUGACUCAAACACAAUUGGUGUUGAACCGAAUACUGCGGGUACUACUGGAUCAGUUUCAAACUCUAAUACUGUUGAUGUCAACAUCAUUGCUGGUAGCACAAAUGGAUCAGUUACCGACGCUGUUACUGCAGGUAAUUCUGGAUCUGCUUCACCUACGAAUACUCCUGGUGCCGACGCUACUUCUACUAGUAGUACCGGUGCUGCGGGUGCAGACGCCAAUAUUGCUAGUAAUAGUGGAUCUACUGCUGAUGCUACUGGUGCUGAUGCCAAUGCUGUCGGUACUAUUGGAUCUGCUGCUGGCACAGACGCUGCUGGAGCAAACGCGAAUGUUGUCGGUACCGCAUCUACUGCUGAUGCAAACAUCAGUGCUGGUAACACUAUCGAAUCAACUACCGAUACCAAUAUAGCUGGUACUACCGGAUCGGUUGUUAACACGGAUGCUUCUGGAGCUGAUGCCACUGCUACUACCACUGUAGGAUCUGCGAAUGUGGAUUCAAGUGUUGCUGGUACUAUCGGAUCUAGUGCUGAUGCAAAUGCAGUUGUUGCCGAAUCCAAUGCUGCCGGUGCUACUGGAUCUUCUGCUGAUUCUAAUACUGUUGAUGCUAACGUCAAUGCUGGUAGCACUGCAGGGUCGCUUACGGACGCUAAUACUGCUGGUACUUCUGGACCUGCUGCAGACACGAAUGCUGCUGGUACGGAAGGGAAUACUGCCGGUACUACUGGAUCUGCUGGCACAGAAGCUUCUGGAGCUAACGCGAAUGCUAUCGGUACUGGAUCCACUGUUGAUGCAAACGCCAGUGUUGGCAGCACUAUCGGAUCAGCUACCGACGCUCAUACUGCUGGUACAGGCAUCUCCGCCACUGAAACGCAAGCUGCUGGUACGGAAGCCAAUGCUGCUGAUACUAUUGGAUCUGCUACUGGCACAAACGCUGCUGGAACUGACGCGAGUGCUGUUGGUACCGGAUCUACUGCCAACGCAAACGCCGGUGCUGGGAGCACUAUCGGAUCAGCUACUGAUGCUAAUACUUCUGGAUCUGCUGUCAACACGAAUGCUCCUGGUGCUGACGCCACUGCUACUGGCACUGCAGGUUCUGCGAAUGCGGACGCUAGUGUUGCUGGUACUACCGGAUCUACUGCUGAUGCAGUUGGUGUCGACGUUGGUCCUGUUGGUACUACUGGAGCUGCUGCUGACACAAAUGCAGUUGUUGCCGAAUCCAAUGCUGCCGGUGCUACUGGAUCUGCUAUUGACUCUAAUACUGUUGAUGCUAACGUCAAUACUAAUAGCGCCACCGGGUCAGCCACUGACGUUAAUGCUGCUGGUACUUCUGGACUUGCUGCAGACACGAAUGCUGCUGGUACCGAAGGGAAUACUGCCGAUACUAUUGGCUCUGCUGCUGGCACAGAUGCUUCUGACGCUAACGCGAUUGUUAUCAGUACCGGAUCUACUAUUGAUGCAAACGCCAGUGCUGCUGGUACAGGCGUAUCCGCCGCUGAAACGAAUGUUGCUGGCACUGAAGCCAAUGCCGCCGGUACUGUUGGAUCUGCUACAGGCACAGACACCGCUGGAGCUGACGCGAGUGCUGUCGGUACUGGGUCUACGGUUGAUGCAAACUCCAGUGCUGGCAGCACUAUGGGAUCAGCUACAGAUGCUAAUACUGCUGGUACAGGCGUAUCCGCUACUGAAACGCAAGCUGCUGGCACGGAAGCCAAUGCUGCUGAUGCUAUUGGAUCUGCUACUGGUACAAACGCUACUGGAACUGAUGCAAGUGCUGUUGGUACCGUAUCUAUUGCUAACGCAAACGACAGUGCUGGAAGCACUAUCGGAUCAGCUACCGAUGUUAGUACUUCUGGUACUUCUGGAUCGGCUGUCAACACGAAUGCUCCUGGUGCUGACACCACUGCUACUGGUACUGCAGAUUUUGCGAAUGCGGACGCAAGUGUUGCAGGUACUACCGGAUCUACUGCUGAUGAAGUUGGUGCCGACGCCAGUACUGUUGGUACUACCACAUCUGCAGCUGACGCAAGUGCAGUUGUUGCCGAAUCCAAUGCUCCCGGUACUUCUGUAUCUGCUGCUGACUCUAAUAUUGUAGAUGCCAACGUCAAUGCUGUCAGCACUAUCGGAUCAGCUACUGAUACUAAUAUCGCUGGUGCUUCUGAAUCUGCUGUCAACACGAAUGCUGCAGGUGCCGAAGCCAAUGCAGCCGGUAUUACUGGAUCUACUACUGGCACAGAUGCUGUUGGACCCGAUGCUAAUCCAAAUACCACUGCUGAUAUCACUAUCGGAUCAGCUACCGAAGUUAAUGUUGUUGGCACUUCCGGAACCGCUGCUGACGCAAACGCUGCUGGAACCAACACAAAUGCCGUCGAUACUACCGGAUCUGCAGUUGCUGACGCAAACUCCGGUUCCGAUGGUACUACUGCUGGCAUUACUGGUCCUGCGAGUGUUGAUUCUAAUGUUGUUGGUACUACCGGACACACAGCUGACGCAAAUGUUGCAGGUGCCGAUGCUAAUGUUGUCAAUUCUGGAUCUGCUGCAGACUCCAAUGUCGUUGGCACAAUCGACUCGACUGCUAAUGUUGACGCUGCUGGUACCACCGGAUCUGUUGCUGACGCCAAACCUGUUGGUGGCGAUGCUAACAUUGCAGGCACUACUACAGGAUCUGCAGUUGAUACGAAUGCUAGUGCUGGUAGCCUUACAGGAUUGGCUACUGACGUUAACGCUGUUGUUGAUAGUUCUGUAUCCACAGUGGACACGAAUACAGCUGGUGCCAAUGCCACUGCUUCUGGCAUUGCUUUACCUGCCGACACCGAUGCCAACAAUAUCGGUAUCACGGACUCUGCUGUCGCAAAAACUGUUUCACCUGUUGCAGCUGAAUCUGCGCCAGUUGGUGCAGAAGCUACCCCAGUUGUUCAGGAAACAGCAGCUUCUGAAAUUAUUGCAGAGGGAUCACAGCCUGUUGUUGUCGUUACAAACGUUGACAAUAUGUACUAUGUUCCGAAUCUAAACGCUGUAGCACCUGAAGUAGUCACAAACGCUGUAGUUGAUGACGUGCAGGCCACUACCACCACUAUGCCCGUGGAUGCUGUGCCAGUACCUGUUGAGAUCGGUGCAUCUGUACUCGAAAUCGCAACCCAGUGAACAUAAUGUUUUAACACCGUGAAUUUGUUACUAAAUUUAAAAAAACUAUGUAGAUAAACUGUUUUCGAAUACAAAAAAAUAGCAAUAUGAAUAGUCGUAGUUUCAUUUUA